UAGCGUUGCUACAUUUGUUUUAUCUUUGUCAUUUUAUCCAGCUCUCGUCGUUCCCCACACACGGCAGGUCUAGUUCGCACAACAUGUAUUUCGGUUUCUGUUUCAUAGCGUUUAUUUGUGUCGCCACAAUCGUCUCCUCCCACAAAGCAAAAGACAAAACAGACUGGGACACGCUGGACAUUACGUUCGGCAAGUUCGACAAGUUACCGCUGGGCUCUAGGGCAGCAGGCGCGGCAGGCUGGUCACGUGACGCCAGCUGCAGUGAUAAACCACGUAACAGUUUCCAAGGUUACCGAUACCAGAAAGAUGGUGACAUCACUACGAGACUGCUUUACGACUGUGAUGGGUACAUCGCGGGCGCGCAAACUACGAUAACUCCCAUGGCCCGGUUCCCCACGGUCCACAACUCUCACCCAUGGCUCCAAAAUCAAGACGGCACUGUCUCGGCCACGAUGUACUUCCGUGACCCAAAGCGUAUCUGUCUCUGCCGAAAAAAGCCUUGUAAGCCCAAGGACAAACCAAUCAUUGGUGACCGACUUUGGCUUCAGAUGAAAAAUGGCGGGGAAAAGCCUAAAUUCAUGGAGAUACCGCUGAACGUAGAUGAGUUUCGCAACACGCCGUGGGUCGAGGGGGAAUGCGUGCGAGCUAUGGGUGUCCACUACCAUUACAACAUUUCCAAAACGUUUGACUGUGAUUACGCGCUUCCUGUUUUCCUAUUGGUGGACAAGACUAGCCACAAGGUGCAUGGCUUUGGUUGGGCAGUACCGCUGAAAGUAGAGAAGACCAAUCGAUGGGAGCAUCCGCCUCCUGCAAUCUUUGGGAGAUCGAUCAAGGAAAAGGACAUGCCCAACUGCAUCGUCGAUUAUCCCGUGGUGUCUGUGCAACAUAUCUACUUCAAAAAUCCUCUCGCGAUUGGCUGCUAGGGCAACGAUCUUCCACAAGUUUUAAAUUAAAUUAAUACCUUAAUAAAAAUGUAUACUCUAAUCUAAAUAAAUGAAAUCGUAUGACAAGAUUUGUUUAUUUAUACCUUAAUAAAAAUGUAUAAUAUACUCUAAAUAAAUGGAAUCAUUUCACAA